GGCACCUGUUGAAUAGCACCUGCAGCCAGGAAGGCCCGAGAGGCGCAGAGGAACUAAAAAAAAAAGGGGGGCGGAAGAAGACCCUCCAUCGGCCGCAAGGCAGGCAAACCACCUCCCUGCCCGUCGGACAGGCUCCAGGCGCGUCGGACUACAAUUCCCUUGCCUGCCUGCCUGCCUGCCAGGGGGAGGCGCGGCCAGCAGAGGCGGCUCCGGACGGCGGAGGCCCGCCCGCCUUCCCUCCGCCUCCUCCUCCUCCUCCUCUUUCGCCCGCCGCGGCCGCCUGCCAUUGGGAGCCGCGCCGAGGCAGCCGCUCUUGCUCCGCCGCCGCCGCCGCCGCCAUCAUGAGCUUCUUGUUUGGUAGCCGCUCUUCUAAAACUUUUAAACCAAAGAAGAACAUUCCAGAAGGCUCCCACCAGUAUGAGCUGCUGAAACACGCGGAGGCAACUCUUGGAAGUGGCAACUUACGGAUGGCUGUUAUGCUGCCCGAAGGCGAAGAUCUAAACGAAUGGGUUGCCGUGAACACUGUGGACUUUUUUAACCAGAUCAACAUGCUUUAUGGGACAAUUACGGACUUCUGCACAGAGGAGAGCUGUCCAGUGAUGUCUGCCGGGCCAAAAUAUGAAUAUCAUUGGGCAGAUGGGACAAACAUCAAGAAGCCAAUCAAAUGCUCGGCACCAAAGUACAUCGAUUACCUUAUGACCUGGGUUCAGGAUCAGCUGGACGAUGAGACGCUGUUUCCAUCCAAAAUAGGUGUUCCUUUCCCAAAGAAUUUCAUGUCGGUAGCUAAGACCAUCUUGAAGCGUCUCUUCAGAGUUUAUGCUCACAUAUAUCACCAGCACUUUGAUCCGGUGAUCCAGCUUCAAGAAGAAGCACAUCUCAACACGUCCUUCAAGCACUUUAUCUUUUUUGUUCAGGAAUUUAACCUUAUAGACAGACGAGAACUUGCUCCGCUCCAAGAACUGAUUGAAAAACUCACUUCCAAGGACAGAUAAGCGAAAAAACGAAAUGGUGGAAAUUCAGUUUGUUUUCUUUAAAGCAGGCAUGUGGGGUUUUUAGGGAUUUGGGCUGAAAUUCUCUGCGCACUUAAAAGUUCCACGGGACUUUUUACUCCCGAGUAAGUGUGUGGAGCAGGUUUGCAACCUUACCGUUUGUUUGUUUUUAGAAAGGAAAGGAAACUUCUGUUUUAAUUCAGGCAACCUAGAUCCAUUCUCUGUGCUUUUUUAUUAGUGAAACCUCUUUCACAUAGUGAGAUACACACACAGACACACACAGUAAAUGGUUUUAUGUUCUUGUUCAUUGUUAAUGUUGAUUUUUUUAGCAGAUUGUUGUGUGUUAAUAAAGGAAAAAAGACAUGCUUGUUGGGAAAUGUGACAUUGCUAGCUGGAAAGUGCAAGAUUGCCAGUCAUACAACGUUCUCAGAAGGUCCUUUAAAAGAGACUUAAUCUUCUCUAAGUGCCUUGGUAGAUUCUCUUCUGAGGUACAAAGCACAUACAAAGAACAAACAUUGCUGGAAACAGAAAACACAAAUAGCUACCCAGGACAUUUAUUACGACUUGUUAUAUGUAAUUAAUCUGUGUGCAAACCUUUUCUAAAAGCCAUAAUGUCUGUCAGUGAUCUCCAAUCGUUUAAAGAGAAAGCAAUGACUUUAUAGAAGUGAACAUAAGUUAGGGAAGAGAAGUCAGCGAGUGGCUCACUUUAUUUUUUUUUUAAUAACGUACUGAUACAUCUUCGAUAUCGUAGGGGGCCAAGAAUAAUUCUGGGUACACCACUUUUUCACAUUUGACAUUCUGCCAAGAUUUGAACUCAUUUUGAUCUGAAAGUCGGAUUAUUUUUUUCUCAGUCUGGGCUUUUAUCAAACUGAACUCUAACUUUUCCAGCCCUUUAAAUCAAGAGUCCUGCAGUAGCUUCACGACAAAAUAAAAGAGAAGAGCAGUUUCCAAGGAACAGUAAUAUUAAUAAGGAAAUAUUUGACAAAUCCACCGUAGUUAUUUUUAAAAUGGGGAUAAAAACAGCCCUGAUCUUUCAACUCAAGAGAAAUUGUCUCAGACUACUUAUCAUGGAGUAUACUUACCAUUUCAUGCCUUCAAAAUCUGUAGCCCCUUUAUAAUCUCAGUUGGCAACUUUAAGACUUGUGGACUUCAACUCUCAGAGUUCCUCAGCCAGCAAAGCUGGCUGAGGAAUUCUGGGAAUUGGAGUCCACAAGUCUUAAAGUUGCUAAGGUUGGAGACCCUGUUAUAAAAGAAAGCAUUUAUCUUUUGUAACAUGAUACAAAGUACAGUGAUAUUUUGGGAUUUUUGGUGGGUGGGCAUUUAAAGAUAACUUAAUUGGAGGCACACUAAUUUUGAUUAAAAAAAACAUUUGCGAAGUUGUUUUGCUUAUUUUCCUCUCUCUUCCUAUCCUUUAUCGUAGAACAUUUAGAAUUUGGGAUAAUUCUUGUGGAGGGAAUUCAAAAAUGAGAAGCCUAUUUCUGAUUUCGUGACAUAGGAUCAUCAGUUAUUGUUCUAAACGCCAGGGCAGCUGAAACUCACCAGUGGUUUGAGCAUUAAAUCCAAAAUCUCCCAUUUAAAAUUUUUUUUGGGAAUGUCAUACAUUUUGUCCGCUUUGCCACCGUUUCCAUGGAUUGACUGACACACAAAUUACUCUGUGUAUCCUUAAAUCCUAAUCUUGAAGCUCACUUCUCAAAUUAUCAUUAGGAUUAGCUACAAAUCACAUGAACAUAGGAGUGCUAUGUGACAAUAUAAUAAUAUUUAAAGCCCGCUAUUGAUACCUUAAAGCCUAAUAUACACAACAGUUUCUCAUAGUCUGUUUUUAUUAUAUCUUUGAGAUUAUAUACAUACCUUUUAAAAACUGAAGUGAUAAAAGGCAUACAGAAUGUUCUUUAUGUGAGAAGUAGACAAUUAAAAUUAGUCAUAUGAGGAAAAAUGAAACAAAUUACUAUUAAUAACAAUAGUUCUUCCUAUGGAUCUGCUAAAAAAAGUGAGUGCAGCAAUCAAAAUCUUGGCAAUGUUUCAUAACCAGGUUUGAUCUUGGUGUUCGUAGCACGUUUUGUCAAUAUUUGAUUUUAGAAGUGAGAUUCCCAGUCCCGAUUUCUGAAUCUCAAAAUUUGAAAAGUUUAAAUUGCAAUUUUGAAAAAAAAAAAAUGUUCUCAGUUGGGAUGUUGAAAACAGUUUAGAGGUUGGGACUGUUAUUGAGCCAUUUUAAAUAUUCCCAACCUCCAUCUGGCAAUUUUAACCACUCCUAAAAGAUAUCUGUUAAAAAUAAGAGGGGGGAAAAUGCUAGGUAUCCUCUCAAGAUCUUUGGAUCUUGAAAUGAGUAAGACUUCAGAAUAAUGUUUAAUUAGAAUCAAUAUAGCUUAGCCAUAAUAAUUAUCUCCCAUCAUUUUAGUCUUAAAAUUUAAGGGACUUACUGGAAACAACGAUGACAAAUAUAGACUCCAUUCAUUGCUAAUUUCCUUCUUGGAUGAUAAACACUUGGAGAUCAUUGAUUAAGAGUGCUGUUGGGUCAACUCUUAUUGCAUUGAAGACUGAAAAAUUGACAAUAUUAAGACAGUGAUUAUUCUGAAUUUGAUCAGCACUACAGAAGCUUUUAGUGGGAUUGCUCCGGUCUUGAAAAUUCUUUACUGUUUAAAAGUGUGUUACGAUACAAACAGAAACAGCUUCCUUGAUCUUUCAGUUGAAUACACGUAUUGAAAACUGAACACUGUAGUUAUUAUUAAAAAAAAAAAGUCACAGCCUGGAAUCUAACCUUUUCAUUUAAAAGGACACCAUGGUAGAAAUCAUAUAUACCUUUUUGAUACCAAACAUUAGGCAGAAACUUAUUAUUUUUUUCUUAUGACCAGCCGUUUAACAAACACUGUGUUCCUUCCAUGGAGAAGGAAUAGCCUUAAAAUCUCAGGUUACCCACCUGCACAGGUAACCAACCUUAAUUAGAUGAGGCUGGCCAAGCUGGAUGGUCAUAAGCAUAGAUGCAAGUCCCUUAAAACCAGCUGUGUUGUGUUUUCUUGAGCCAGUGGAUUGAUUUAAUCCAGAGAAUUGACAUUGGAGGGAGAAAGGUUUUUAUCAUCCUGGCCCCUAGAAAUUAUAAACCUAACUUCACACAUCUGGGUCAGGGAUGCGUGCUAAUUGUGCAAGGAUAAAAGUACCUUAUUUUUUGUCCAGUAGUAGUAGUAAGGUGGGCUUUAAAGAGAUAACCUUCAAAAGGAAAAUUCCCCCUUUUCAACCGCUUGCCAACGUUUCUUCAACAGCUUACUAUGCAAGAGAAAAUUUUGAAUAUUCACUAGAAAUCUUAUAGAACCAGAAGCUUCAUUAAGAAUUUAGAGUUGACACCACUCUCUCAAACUUAUCCCAUAGGCAAAAAGCUAAUGCUGCUAUAUAGACUGGUCUUAUUUUUUUUUUAUUCCCAUGACUGAAAGCCUUUUCUUAGAUUUCCAUAUAAAGAUUAUUUUUCUGAGGGGGGGGGAAGGGCGAAGUGUGUGUGUGUUUUGAUUUAUUUGGGAAAUAGUUUAAGACGUGUAUUCUUUUCCCCAAAUAUUAAAGUGUAAAUGAAAUGCCAGAAUUCCUAUUUUAAAAGUGUAAUAUGAAGUUGGACCUGCCAGUUUUUCAACCGCAAUGAUCUCAUAUUAUUUGAUGCAUUUUAUGCAGGAAGGGGUGGGGGGGAUAAAUUUCCUUCCUUAAUAGGCAAAAAAAAUAUUUCCUAAAACUGCAUUUCUAGAACCACUAGCCACAUUAGAGGUAUAUUUCCAUUUAUGUCAAUUGCACAUGUGUGUUUCCUUUUUAAAACAUAAUUCUCUCCUGCGGUAGCAGAAUAACUCCAGUUUCAAUAUGCUUUAUUUGCUUAAUUUUCAUUCCCAAGAGCACUGUCCUUUCAAUAGUUUUUUCAUAGAUUAAUGUAUUUUUAGGGAAAAUUAAUUUUUUAUAGCCACUAAACUGUACUCAUUAUUUUUGUACACUUAUUACUAGGUUAUUUGGAACAGAAAUCUUUUGAAAUGUCAUUUGGUUCCAUUUUUGAAUUUACUCACUGAUGUCGUGUUGCUAAAUAUUGUCAUGAGAAUCAACGCUUUUGAAUAUGUAGCGAGGGAGAAAACAGAUUUGACAAGAAACUAUUGCUGGUACUUUCCGGUACCUAGAUAGAUCUACCCAGGUCCUUCUUCAUGCAGCAUAUUACAAAAACAUAGGAACAAUUUUUUUUUCUCUGCUCUCUUGGUAAAGAGUAGAGAAAGAUCCCAGGGAAACUGGCCAUUCCUUUAAUUAUAGCCUUCGAAAAGGAUCUUUUGCGGCAAUUGCUUCUUUGUCCGAUUGAGAGAAUCUACAACCAGCAGAAUCAACCCAAAGCUUUUCUGAACUUGCAUAAAAAAUUUGAACAGGCUUGUGGAGAAAGUUUUUGGUUAACAUUCCAAAGUUUCCACUAAGGAAACGUAAAUAACGUGGGGAAAAUCCAGCAGCUUUGGAAAAGCCAUUUGACUCUGCUGAUGACAUUAAGGGAGUUCCUGUGUGCUCGAAUUUGUGCUGCAUUAGGGAUGGAAAUUUGACCUUCCUCAAUGACACCCUCUCUAUUAAAAGAAAAAAAAAAUAGGUAGCUACUUAUCAGAGAGGAAAAGGUAAUAGCCGAUGCUGGGGACACACAUACACACACACACACACACACACACAAAUCAUUUAAAAAUUAAAAAUGCAACGUAAUCUGUACUGUAAACAAACUGUGCCAAUAUAUUACUUCAGUUUGUAGUCACUUAAAUCAGUACUUGUUCUACCUGAAAAAUGGCUUUUUAAUGAAAAAAUGAUAAAAAAAAAAGUUGGAUGUCUGAAAUUCUGCAACACAUAUAUUGGAAAAGAUGUAAAUAAUGUAUACAUAUUGUUGUAAGUGAUGGGAUGAAAAAAAAACUAUAUAAAUUCUAGGCUUUUUCAGUAAGGAAAAUGGAUGCUGUUUAUAAGAAGAAAAAUAAAUAGCUAUGUUUGA